GUCUUUGACUUUAAAAACAUUAGGGGUUACGACAGCAGUACAUGCACUUCUUCUGGGGAUUGGAUGCUGAUGAAAUACCUCGCUAAAUAAAGACAUUAUCUCCUGCAGGAGGUUGCUGGAAACAGCCUUUAGAGUUCAUUUUGUAGAUGUAUGACUGCUGUAGCAUAUAACGUUAGGAGAGCAAGUUAUACGUGUAGCGAGUACAAAUACCGCACGUGCACGCUGGUUAUGGACGGAACCCCAUUGACCACAGGAAAAAAGUUUGUCCAUUUGGAUCUAAAGGGGGCGCCUCCCAGAAUUGAUUACCUGCGAAAGCUGAUAGAACUGUUUGCUGACCUCGGUGCAAAUGGUUUACUCGUUGAGUAUGAAGACAUGUUUCCUUAUGAGGGAGAGCUGGAGAUUCUUCGGGCAGAAGCCCAUCCGCCAUACAGUCGUGAGGAGAUUGUGUCGAUUCAGGAUGUUGCCAAAGCCAGAGAAUUGGAGAUUGUACCCUUGGUUCAGACUUUUGGGCACUUAGAGUUUGUCCUGAAACAUGAGGCGUUCAGGGAUCUGCGUGAGACACCACACUGCAUUGGUACCUUAAACCCGCAUAAAGAGCGUGGAGUAAAGAUGGUGCAGGAGAUGGUGCGUCAAGUGAUGGAGCUGCACCCUAACAGCACCAGUCUGCACAUAGGAGCUGAUGAGGUGUACCUGCUUGGCCAAGGGGAGGAGUCAAGGCAAUGGCUGAGUGAGCGGAGUCACAGUGUCGACCAGCUGUUCCUCGGUCAUGUGGUCAAGGUCGCCAGGGGAAUUCGUGAGAGUUUCCCUGUCCUCGGGCUCAUUAUGUGGGAUGACAUGCUGAGGGGCAUGAGCUCAGACACGAUAAAAGAGAGUGGUCUUGUUGGUCUGGUGCAGCCUAUGGUGUGGAACUACAGCCCUGCUUUGGAUGUCGCCAGCACAGUUGCGCUGAUGGAGAAAUACAGCACAGCAGGCCUGUGCCAGCAGUGGGUGGCUAGUUCAUUCAAAGGCUCCACCACUGUGCACAGCUGUGUGACCCCUACCCUCCGGCAUGUGGAGAACCACCUGCAGUGGCUGAAGGUGGCGUCUGCCCUGUCAGAGACCAUAGCAUUACAGGGAAUUGCCCUCACCGGGUGGCAAAGAUAUGACCACUUGUCUGUGCUGUGUGAGUUAAUUCCUCUCGGCCUAGCAUCCCUGGCCUCCUGUCUGCAGACUCUUGAACAUGGUUCCUUUUCUGAAGCAGCUCAAUGCAAGGUCACUGACGUGCUCGGGAUUCCCUCUGUGGAAAUAGAGGACAUACAGAGGCCAUCUCCUGGCAGCUCCUCUUUGUUCCCUGGGGGGAGGCUGGCAGAGCUAGUGGUUGAGCUGGUUUCACUGCUGAACUGUGAGGACCUCAGACAUUGUCAGACCAAUAUGUUUGUGAGGGGCUGGUUCUCUCCCUACCACAGAGAGAGGAGCAUUAUAAAUCCUCUUAUUGCACAACAAAUCCAAACAGAAUUAACAAUGGUACUUAAUGUUUUGGAGUUGAAGGUGCAGGAGGUGAAAGAUGAGAUGCGCCUGCUGUACCCAGACUCAACAGCUGAGGAGUGGGUAGAGGAGCACGUCCAUCCCGUGUUGACCCCCCUGAGGACCACGUUGCAUGACAUCCGUCUGGCUCUGGAGAAUAUGGGCCAUUUAUAAGGACCACAUCAUCACUCAGAGUGGGCGUUGAGGAAGCAUGUGGAGCUGAAACACAUCCAGAGAAAAAUGAAGGGAAAAGAUGAA